AUGUCCGACUACUUCGUUGAAAGGCCACAUUUUAAUACUAUGGACUUUCGUAGGCGGUUUCAAAUGCGGAAAGAGUUGUUUUAUUGCAUCUUGAAUGAUGUUGUCAACCACGAGCCAUACUUUCGCCAGAAAAAAGACAGGCUCGGCCGACAAGGGCUAUCCCUUGAGCAAAAGUUAACUAUUGUCUUCCAUAUGCUCGCAUGGGGAUGCUCAACUGACGCGAUCGACGAGUACUUUAGAUUGGGUGAAAGCAAAUCUCUUGAGUCACUCCGUAAGUUUUGCUGCGCUGUUAAAGCCAUGUAUGGCCAAUGGUACCUCAAGUCUCCAAAUCCAGCUGACCUUUACAAGCUAUUGCACAAGGCAAGCAGUCGAAGCUUCCCAGGCAUGUUAGAAAGUCUUGACUGCAUGCACUGGGAAUGGAAGAACUGCCCAUCUUCUUAG